GAAGACGGAGCGAGUGAGGCGGGUGGGUGGCUGCCGGGGAAGGGGAGAAGGCGGCAGGCGGGAGAGAUGAGCAGUCGGUUCCCCCCUUCGGCCAGCGAGGAGGAACAACAGCAGCCGUCGCCGUCGUCUCCCCCGUGUGAAUGAACUGAGGCGAGACCGCCUUCGCCGGCUCGGCUUGGCCCAGCCCGGCCUGGCCCGGCCUGGCCCAGACAUCGCUAUCCCGCUCCAGAGCGCGGAGUUGCAGCCCUCUCCCCUUCUGGCCGCCCGGGCAGCGGGAACUGAAAAGACAAGAAAUCAUGGGAGCUUUUUUAGAUAAGCCAAAGAUGGAGAAGCACAAUGCCCAAGGGCAGGGCAAUGGACUGCGUUAUGGCCUCAGUAGCAUGCAAGGUUGGCGAGUUGAGAUGGAGGAUGCGCAUACAGCUGUAAUUGGCUUACCAAAUGGACUUGAUGGAUGGUCUUUUUUUGCUGUGUAUGAUGGACAUGCCGGAUCCCAAGUUGCCAAAUAUUGCUGCGAGCAUUUAUUAGAUCACAUCACAAGCAAUCACGAUUUUAAGGGGCGUGGUGCUUCACCAUCUGUGGAAAGUGUAAAGACUGGAAUCAGAACAGGUUUUCUGCAAAUUGAUGAACAAAUGAGGCUACUUUCAGAGAAGAAACAUGGUGCGGACAGAAGCGGGUCAACAGCUGUGGGAGUCUUGAUUUCUCCCCAGCACACUUACUUUAUCAACUGUGGAGAUUCUAGAGGUUUACUUUGUAGAAACAGGAAGGUGCAUUUCUUUACCCAAGAUCACAAACCAAAUAAUCCAUUGGAGAAGGAACGUAUACAGAAUGCAGGUGGUUCAGUAAUGAUUCAGCGUGUGAAUGGCUCUCUUGCUGUGUCUAGAGCACUUGGGGAUUUUGAUUACAAAUGUGUCCAUGGGAAAGGUCCUACAGAGCAGCUUGUCUCCCCUGAGCCUGAAGUUUAUGAAAUUGAAAGAUCAGAAGAAGAUGAUCAGUUCAUCAUACUGGCUUGUGAUGGUAUCUGGGAUGUUAUGGGAAAUGAAGAGCUGUGUGAAUUCGUCAGAUCAAGGCUUGAAGUCACAGACGACCUUGAAAAAGUUUGCAAUGAGAUAGUCGACACCUGCUUGUACAAGGGAAGCCGAGACAACAUGAGUGUGAUACUGAUCUGUUUUCCAAAUGCACCAAAGGUAUUACCAGAGGCAGUGAAGAGAGAGGCAGAGCUGGACAAGUUCCUGGAGAGCAGAGUAGAAGAGAUCAUAAAGAAGCAGGGUGAAGGAGUGCCAGACUUAGUGCACGUCAUGCGUACUUUACAAACAGAGAGCAUCCCAAACCUUCCACCAGGAGGUGAACUGGCAAGCAAACGGAGCGUAAUUGAAGCCGUUUAUAACAGACUGAAUCCUUACAGAAAUGAUGAUGCUAGGAACAUCAUGUGGACAAGUGCCCACUCUUCCAGGCCUUCACCAAGCAAGCCAGGAAGAACAGGGCUGGUUGCCUAAAGAUGGAAAUGUGGAAACGUGCUCUUGUUGCUAUGAAGGAUGUUGGCGGCAGCAAGGGUGAAGGCCCCUUCACUUCAAAAGAGGCCAUGAAAAAGCAUCCAUCGACUGGUGCUCCAGGCAAGCUGAAGCCAACUUCAACAGCUUUGAAGCCAUUGACUGCCACAGAUGUACCUAAGAACCGCAGAGAAAAAUGAAAGCACCUUACAUCCAAGGGCCACAAAGAGGCUAAAAAGCCUUACAAGCCUAAACUUAAGAACACCACUCUCCCGUUCGUUCUGAGUGUCAUGGCUCGCCAAUCCAUUCAGCCUCUCUGGCCACCUUGUCUGCUUCAAGUCACACUACCAGCCUGAGCCACUCUGUCCUUCCCCCAGCUACUCUGGCUUGAUCAGACCGCAGUAGGGGCCACCCUGAAUAGGUGGGAUUGGCAUCAUCCUCUGAAGGGGAGAUUCACUGGGCCAUUCUCCAGCUGUUCCGGCCUCCCUUCCUAGAUCUCUGCACACAUUACACCAUGAAGCGAGUAUUGAACCAGUCCCUCAGACACCUCGUCCAUUUGGUCCUGCAUCAACUAACCCAUUCCCGAUAUCCCUUCAUCAUUCCGUGGGGGACUUCAAUGUCACAACCAUAUAUAGGGGGAACCUUUACUGGGCUGCAUACCCAUUCCCAGUGCAGUACUUCCCUCAUGGGAACGUGCUACGGACUCCUGUGACUGCACAGGGCCACCAGCUCCAGCCAGACCAAUGGAGCACUGGUUCCCACCAGGAUCACUUUGACGUCCCAAAUCCUAGCCGGGCACCUCUAACAUUCUGCAGCCAUCCAUUCAGCAGCACCCUGGAGGUGUCCAAAGAUCCUCUCUAUCAACCAGGUCCUAGUCAUCAAAUCCAAUGGACUACACUUCCGAUUCUCACAUGGCAGGCUCUGCGGAGCCCGUUUCAACUUUGCCAGAUAAUGCAGCCACCUCUGAAGACCUGGGAUCCCCAGGAGAAACCCUUGGUCACUUUUCUGAGCAAGUCCUCUGGCUGACCACAUUGUUAAGCAUCCAGGUUCAGUGAACUAUGAAGCCUAAUGAAGACCUCAUCUGUGAAGUGAUCCAGAUGGAGGACUCAGUUCCAGUAGCAAUACCAUUCAUACCAACACUGGCCAGAGCAAAGAAAGAACCCUGGGAACUUCCCAACCGGCCGCAUCCCACCCUCCACUGACUGGAAGGGAUGUACUGGGUAUAGGAGAGAUACAUUCCCUACCUUCUGCACCAUCCACACCUGAUUUCCAUCAUUGUUGAAUCCACAUAAGGAAGGCUUCAUGGAGACCAUAGAGAGGGUCACCCCUUGAACGCGAUGGUAUGACGGAUAUAUACCGUGAUGAGCCCGAGCCUCCGUAUCUUGAAUUACAAAGCUCAUUAUGGUGAGGUAGCAGGUCUUGUGCCAGAAGAUGGAGGCUUUGGCUGCUUUUCUUCCAGAUCAACAAGAGCUCACCAGAGCCUUCCUUACUGAAGCAAAACAACAAAUUGCUACUGUGAUUUGAGGGGCUUGAAUAUUCGGGCAGCUAACCUCCUUCGGGAGACAUGUUCCCAGAUCGAGAGCAUGCUGUUCGAUAGAGAAGGUCUCUUCCAUGCCCACAUGGACAAAAGAAGGCUAGAACUACAUAUGGGCAUUGGCCCAUUCUAAGUGCAACUAAGGGCACAUAAGUGGCCAUGGGCCUGACCCUCCUACUGCCAAGACUUCCACACCAGACAUCCAGGUCCCUAUCAUGAGCAUCCUCCAUAUGGACAGCAACCACAAAACCGCCAACACCAUCGAGAUGCUGCUUGACCCCAGCAAGGCAAGCGACAGCUUGAUGCCAAUAAGGGGCAGUGCUGAUGGGUAGCAGGAACCAGUUGCUUAAGUAACAUAUCACCCCCAGUUGGGGAAAAAGAUGGCGGUCAGCGGCCCAUUUUGGAUCUGCAGGGAGUAAACUGUUUCAUCUCACUCAAAAGUUCUGAAUGGUCUUCCUGCAAAGCAUUAUGCUGCUAUUACAAAAAAGGGGACUGGUUCGCAUCCAUAGAUUUGAAGGAUGUGUACUUCCACAUCAGCAUCCAUCCCAACUACACCCACUUUCUAUGGUUCCAAAUUGGUACUGAGUUCAAGAUGUUACCAUUCAGCCUAUCCAUGGCACCAAGAGUGUUCACCAAAUGCAUGGCUCCAGUGUGUGCAUGUUUGCAACUCCACAGAGUACAUGUUUACUUAGACAACAGGUUGCUAGUAGCCGAUACAAACAGGACUUACUGUGGUCAAUUGAAACCACCUGCACUAUUCACUGCUUGGGUCUGUGCAUUAACAUUGAACAAUCCAUGCUUGCUCCUUCAUAAACUAUUGUAUACAUUGGAGCGGUCCUUGAUUCCAUGUUGGCUUGAGUGUGCCUACCCUGAGACCAGAUGGAAAAACUCAUGGCUGCAACCACUGACCUGCACACCAAACCGUGAUCCUCCAUUAAAAAAAUUCAGCUACUAGGGCACAUGGCAUUUCCUAUACUGACCCUCCAUUCCAAACUUGCUGUCCUAAGUGCAGGGCAUGCUACUAUACCCUGACAUUCAAAGGCUUACCUGAUGGCAUGGCUGAUUUCUUAAUGACCAUGCUUACUUCCCUGAACCCUCUCCAAUUACAAGUUCCUACACCUGUCCAAAACUCCAUAUCUAAUAUCCCAUUUCUAACAACUUCAAAAAACAUCUCCAUUGAAGCUUCCCUCAGUAAUAUGAUCGAUUAUUUGACAGCCACAAUGACUGGCUUGGACCCUUGAGUCUGAGCUAUUCUACAAGCUUCACUGUGUCCUACCACUAGACACUCCCAUUCAACUAAAUGGACAAAAUUCAGGAGUUAUGUGAAGGACCACUCCUUCGACCCAGCUAUGGGAACCAUUCAAAAGAUACUAGAAUUUUUGUGCUCCCUACACCAAAGAGAAUGUAAACCAACUUCUAUCAAGGGAUACCUGUCCACAAUUUCCACCUGUCCCAUUGAGGGCUACUCAACUUCCACCCCUUUCACAUUGCUUCAUGAAAGUUCUCAACAAUCUAAAUCGAGAGAG